CUGUAGCUCUAGCUAGUCCCUAAUCUAAUAUUAAUAAUAAUAUUUAGUUAUUAAAAGUCUCCUCCUUAUUUACACCUCCCAUUUCCAAUAUUCUCUUCUCUUUCUCAUUUCCCCUCUUCCUUCCUUAAAUUGCCUAAUCACAUCUCUCUCUAGAUCUCUCCUGUUUCUUUGGGUAUAUAAGAUUUGAGAGACAAGUGUGUCAGAGUUUCAGAGCUAAAUUAUCUUCCUCUUUUUCUUGGUUGCGUUGUGUUGUGAGAGCAAGCUGGACCCCAAUUUUGUGUCAGAAACAAAAUCUUUAUCUUGUUCAUUUGUCUCCCCCCAAAACCCUAAUUUUUUAUCUUCUCUUUUCGGUUUCCAUGAAUUCUAGGAGCUUAUUGUUAUCUCCAAACCCUAAUUCCCUCAAAUCUAGGUUCACCAAAGGAUUGCUGAGAGCCCUGUCGAGAAUAAAUAAGCAUCGUCAGCAACCCAGAUCAUCAAGAGAGAUCCGGAAACGCCAUCGUCUAAUCAAAGCUGCUGCUUAUGGAUCCAUGGCUUCUUCUGUAGGGAAUAGAAGAGCUUGGAGUCGGGCGUUGCUUUGGAAGAUCCGAAAUCAGACACGUAGAGGCUACGCGGCGACGAGAAAUAUUGGCAGCAGUACUCGUCAGUUGUCCAUGAAGAAAAGAAUAUGUGAUCUGCAGAAAGGGAAUAAUAGCAAGAACCGGGUCGAGGUUGGUGGUUUGGGUCAAGUAGAUAAGCUUCGGAGGCUUGUUCCGGGCGGUCAGGUCAUGCAUACUUGCAGCUUGUUGGAAGAAACUGCUCAUUACAUGAAGUGCCUUGCCACACAGGUAAAGGUGAUGACAAGAAUUGUGGAAGUUUACAAUAUCCCAUAGAGAAAGAAAGGCUAAAAUGUUUGAUUAUGUAAUUUCUGGAUGUUAAGAAGAGAAAACAAAAAAAAGAAUAAAAGUGGAAAAGAGAAUAUAUACAAAGGAAGAUUAUAGUUAUAGCUAGAAUCUGUUUAAGUGUAAAAUGGGGAGAUGUGAUAUUUGUUAAUAUAUUUUAUAUGUUGCCUGGGUA